AAUACCAUAGCAUUGCUAACCAGUAAACUCUGCGUGACUCAGUGCCUUGCAAUAUGCUUGUGGCGCCAAAGAAUUCAUAUGAGAGGUACUUAUUCAAAUUUUGCGAUCAAUCUUUGGACAAAAGUGACUUGCAACGAACGCACGGGUACUUGUGCACGCGGAAAACUACGUAGCACCAGUUAAAGCCACUUUUUGAUCGUUUUUACGUGUGUUGCUCGACUUAGUGCUGACAAAUAUGUUUGUCGAGAAACUUUACACCAGCAAAAAGAUACGUUUUGAGCGUUUGUUUUGUGCAAAGAUGUGAUACGAUUACAAACGGAAGGGAAUUAUCCAGCGGAUUUGAACAAUAAUUGUCUCUCAAUGGGAUGUCCACGUGGUCAGCAAUUAUAAACAACCACCUGUUGCAUGAUACGUGUGAAUACAUUAGUGCGGCCGGCUCUGGACAUGAAUGGGUCGCGAAUGAAUGAAUGUUACAAACCAAACCAAGACAACUAUAUCCUCGACUUUCUCGAACUCUCAGGUGCAAUCUGGAAUGUACAUGCUUGGAUAAAACACGAGGGGACAAUGAGACGAGACUUGAACCGAUUUCAUCAACAUACAUUUUCUGUCUCCCUCAUCAAAAAAGUUAAAAUAUAACCCACAAAGAAGUGGUCAUUGAAACUCAAAUAUGCUGAAAGAUUAUUAUUUUGAAGAUUUGGAGGUGUUGUCCCACACGGCUCGUGAAGUGUGGUUAGCAGAACAGUGCUCAGCCUUUGAAACACAAAUACAGAAAUUGUCACGUGAAAGAGAAAAGGACCAUUUUCUUGAGGAGCUCUAUCGCAAGCUGAAACAAGUGACGCGCCGUUGGCAGUUGUGGAAUCAUAAAUCUUUUGGAGGUGUUACUUCCAGGGGAUAUGUGUCUGAGUUGGCCUCUUGGGAGAGGAAUGUUCAACUUCGUGGAGUGUUGGUACCUAAAAGUCAAUCAAAUUUACGCGACUCCAACGUGCUUCCACGGUUUGAUGAACUCUGCGUUCAUUUCGAGAAUCUCCUCGAAAGUUUCAAACAAGGCAUCUAUCAGCCACUUUCUGACUUUUUUCAAAAUGAAAAAGUACUUUGUCAUCUUAAAAGUGUUCCCAGAGACUUAGAGAAACUUUUGAAUCAAUGGCAUCUUCUUCUUACGUCUGGUGUUAUCGACGAGAGGUUAUUCAGCCCGACUAGUGCCGAAGGACUUUACCCUAUAGGAAUACGAAACCGAUUACACGACUUUGAUCUCGUGUUACGACUUAUUCCCGACCUAACAGAAAAAGCUUACGAAGCAUUGCGACUCGCCCGUCGGUGGAGGUUGAUUGGAAAGACCUCUGCUGUCCAGCGAGAUGAAACUUACAUUAUUUCUAGAGAACAGACAGCUAGGCUGCAAAAGCGUCGCACAUCCAAAAGAUUGAAAAAAGUGAAUACUUUGGAAGAGGAAGUAGAGCAGUCUAAAGCGCAGUGCCUCUCUCUUGAAGAGGAACUUAACAAGUCCAAUACUAAAUAUCAGGAAAUUGAGAAAGUGGUCACUGCUUACCGACAGCAAUGCAAUCAGCUGGAAAACGAGCUUGAUGUCGUGAAAAGAAGAUGUGAAUCGCUGAAAGAAAAGCUAGAAAACUCCAAAAAAGAAAAGCGAAGCACGGGUAAUGAGAUAGAGAGCUCUCAGGAGCAUUGUCGUGUCUUACAACAAGAACUAAACACUGCUAGACUCAAGUAUUGUACACAGAAAGUGAAAUUUAUUAAUACCAAGAAACGAUGCGUUCAACUGACAAAUCAACUGAAUGCAACCCGAGAACAGAUGACACAACUGGAAUGUGAACUAGAGGCGAGGAAGAAACAGUGCCAGGCACUACAAGUUAAACUGGAAAAUUCCAAGAAAAACAUUUUUACUCAAGGUAACAUGCUGGAUGUACUACAGAACCAGUGUUACAUGCUAAAAGAAGAGUUAGACGGAACAAAAUCCAAGUGUUUAAAGUUAACAUGUGAACUGGAGAAAUCUCAGGACAGAUGUUCUACUCUGGAGAGAAACAUGAACGGGUUAAAAGAGCAGUUCCAAACUCUAGAGAUCGAGCUUAGGAGAGCAAAGACACGAGAAGAACUGUUAGUUCAACAGAAUACACAGUUAAGAAAACUCUUUCAAGAUAACGGAUUACAAGAACCUAGCUUGUUAAAGGUCAAUUUACACACACCAGACACAGGCCCCACCUGACAAGCAAUCAGAAGAGACUGUGAUCAGUUGAGAUCAUUCUCAACUUUACAACUUGAUCCAAUUUCUUAAUAAAAGAGUUAUUCUCUUCAAAGGACAAUCGAUGUUUAAUAAAUCAAAAGCCGUAAUGGACGAAAUCCAUAUUUACAAAUUCAACCACGACAGACAUAGAUUCUCACAGUAAACUCAUAACCAGUCUCUGGAGACGUCGCUCACUUGCGAGCAGUCUUGGAUGUCUAUAGACACAGCAGCCACUGCUAAAUGAAUAGCCGCUAGAUUUUAUCUUCAACGGGACUAUCACUUCAAAAAUGUUUCUUGUGUUUUAUACAGCACCCAAAAAAAUUUGGUCUCGAAAUACAGAUUAUUGGGAGAGUAAAGAUAGCAUUCAAAAUUUUUCAAAAAAACACAUUUUAAUUUAAUUAGCUAGUGAGAUUAAUACACUGUACGCUGUACGUCUUAAGUUAUCUAAAUAGUAGAUACAAGAUUAGUUCUUAGGUAAUGUAUAUGGAUUGUAGAAUAUGGUAAGUUAAAUCGAAAUAUUUCAACCUUAUACAGUCUGUACUGAUAAGAGCUUUGGACAACCUCGGGCAAAUUAUUUAAAGAAUAGUAUUUUAAAAGACAUGUAUUGGACAAUAAAUAUAUAAUUGAAAAAAAAUUAAAGUUAAUGAAGAAAUUAGAGGCUUGAUGAAUAGAA